AUUCUCUUCUCCAUAAUUAUGUCUUCGUAAUUAUUUUUAAUUAAGCUAAUUUCCCUCCCAGUUAUAUAUAAACCACACCUCAUUUGGUUUCUUUGAGCUCCUCAUUUUACCUUUGCUUCAAAUUUUAACUUCCUCAACAAAAAAGAAAGGUAGCAAUCAGUAAGAAUGGGUCGUGGAGUCAGCGCCGGUGGUGGACAGAGCUCUUUAGGUUACCUGUUUGGAGGUGGAGAGACUGCCUAUGCUGCCCAAGCUCCUAAGAAUCAUGUUCAAACUGCAAAUAAUGUGCCUUCUCAGAAGCCCUCUGUUGCUUCGCAACCAAUUGACAAGCAGAUUCCAGCAGGCAUUCAUGGAAAUCCUAAAAACAACUAUUAUCGAUCUGAAGGGCAGAACUGUGGCAACUUUCUCACGGAUCGUCCAUCAACCAAAGUUCAUGCUGCCCCUGGUGGUGGAUCUUCCUUGGGCUACCUCUUCGGUAGUGGGAACUGAUUAUUUGGUCGUUCGCAACCCUAAAAAAUGAUUGGUUGCAUCAUUCAAUCAGCAGAAUUGGCACAUACUAUUAAUGGUUCAGUAUAUUCCUUCCAAUCCCUGGUUAUAUUAAGUGCGUGCAAAGGCAAUAAUUCUUUGAAUGGUUUAUGUCUAUAUAUGUGUAUGGCUUGUCAUUGUUCUAGUCUAGUGAUUUACUUUGCUGUUUGGAUAUUGCAAAUAGCACUGUAAAAUAGGGGAAGAAGACUGUAUUUAAUGAUCUGAAAGUGUUUUUGGCAUUUUAUAAGUGUUCUUGAAUGUAUCGUUUUGCUACUGGUUGAAAAUGCUGUAAUUUGGUAUAGAAGAAAACAUUAUUCUAUAACAUACUUGCCAUAAUUUUCAUUUAACAUCGUCGGCGGUCA